AUGGAUUAUCUUACUGACCAAGUACUAUCUCAAACGAGACGAGAAACUCUUGCAGAAGAUAGUGAAGAUAAUCAUUCUAAUAAUAAUGAUUCUAUAGAUCAUCAAGAAAAUGAUAAAAUUAUAGAAGCAAGUGUUAAUAAUAAUACGGGGAAAACCGUAGCAAUAGUGAAAUCACAAAGCUGGCAUGUUCCUAUUACUCUAAAAGUAGGAAACAUUACGCUUAAUAAAAUAGCUUUGAUUGAUUCAGGAGCAGAUAAAAACUGCAUCAUAGAAGGAUUAAUACCUACUAAGUUUUUGGAAAAAAGUACUUCUAAGUUAUACUCUGCCACUGGAGAAAAACUUAAAAUAGAUUACAAAUUAUCUAAAGCCCACAUCUGUAAUGAUGGUGUUUGUUUUAUUAAUAAUUUUGUAGUCACUCGGGAUAUAAAUGAACAAAUUAUUUUGGGAACCCCUUUUAUAACUCAGAUAAAACCAUAUUUUGCUGGUUUAGAUGGAAUCUAUACCAAAGUUUUAGGAAAGGAAAUUAAAUCUCCUUAUUUAUCCAUAAUUUCUCAAGAAGAAAGUGAUUUUGUUACGUCAAAAACUGUUUUCAAAAUAAGGUUAUUAACUAAUCAGAUUUCAUACUUAAAAGAUGAAAUUAAGAUUAAGAAGAUUGGACAAACUUUAAAAAACCCGGUGAUAGAACGGAAAAUAGAAAAUUUUCAAGAAAAACUUGAACAUGAAGUUUGUUCAGAAUUACCAAGUGCUUUUUGGGAAAGAAAGCGACACAUUGUUGAGUUACCAUAUAUUGAUGGAUUCAAUGAACAAGCUAUUCCUACAAAGGCAAGGCCUAUUCAAAUGAACCACGAGUUAAUGGAAACUUGCAAAAAUGAAAUCAAUGAUCUUCUACAAAAGAAGAUAAUUAGAUCUUCUAGAUCCCCUUGGAGCUGUUCAGCGUUUUAUGUUAAUAAAAAUGCAGAAAAAAAUGAGGAUCUCCCAGGAUUUUGGCAAGUUCAAGUUGCUGAAAAAGAUAAAUACAAAACUGCAUUCAAUGUCCCUUUUGGACAAUAUGAAUGGAAUGUUAUGCCUUUUGGGUUAAAAAAUGCCCCGUCUAAAUUUCAGAAUAUUAUGAAUAAUAUUUUUAAUCCUUAUAGCAAUAUGUCUAUUGUCUAUAUCGAUGAUGUAUUUAUAUUUUCUGAGAACAUAGAUUCUCAUUUAAACAUUUGA